CUACCUACAUAAGUGCAUAGUAUAGAACGCAAUAGAAUUCAUCGUGGCCAAUGUUGUGGACAAGAGAUAACAGUUUUUAAUAGACAACUUGAAAGGGGUGAAGAAGUGUAGGUACUACUCCUAGUACUCCAUACUACAUAGAUUGUAGGUAUGUAACUAUUGGUGACAUGAUUAAUCAGCCACCAGGACUUUUAGUAGGCACUAGCCACAUAAGAAACGUCAGUGACAGCCAAGACUUUUUUCGAACAAUCCAACAAAAUAAUUCAAUUGAAGAUUCAACUUUUUUAAAGUCCGCUUAACAAAGACAAAGUAUUGAUACAACAUUGAACGUACUUCUUAAGCCGGACGUCAACCACAGCCACGUCCCAAUACCGGUUGCAAAUAAGUUUAUCAAAAAAAGAAAGAAAGGAUCGCCCGCCAUGGAAUCGGAAGCAAUCAAAGCCGAGGUUGUCAAGGGAGUCAGAGCACAAUAUGGUGUAGAAAAUGCGAGGCAGUUGGUCGAGAAAAUCAACGAGCACUGCUUCGAAAAGUGCGUACCGAAACCCGGCGGCUCCUUAUCCAACAGCGAGCAGACCUGCUUCACCCAAUGCAUGGAGAAGUACAUGUCCGCGUGGAACCAGGUCAGCACCACCUAUAUCAAUCGGUUACAACGGGGGCAGUAAACCUGCAAAACCUGGAGGUUUAUUUGGAAUCAUGGAUACCUUAUGUGCCUAGCUAGGUAGGCAGUAUCAGGAUAUACCCCUUCGCCUUGUGGUCAUUUGUACAUUAGCA